AUGAGUAAAGCCGCUACAAUUGCUGAAUUGUUUACUAAAACAAUCGCCACUACCAAAUGUUUCGAUCAAAACUUACGUAAGGUUAAAGUCGUUUGUUGUUCUAAUGGGAAACUAUUGACGGAGUUCAAAGUGGGCCCUGAACAUUUGAACCAAAGAGGCACACUUCACGGAGGUUUUAUCGCCCAUUUAGUUGAUGCUGUGUCCACUUAUGCCUUAACAGCUAAUGAAGGUGUUGAGACAAGAGGAGUAUCUAUAGAUCUUAGUGUAAGUUAUAUGAAUGCUGCAAGAGAAGGUGAAGAUGUCGAAGUGGAGGCUGUUACAAAAAAAAUAGGAAAAAAGAUAGCUUUUCUUGAAGUGGAAGUGAGAAAUAAAACUAAGAAUCAAUUAUUGGCUAUAGGAAGGCAUACUAAAUAUGUAGGAAUUUGA